GACUCUUGUUCUCUCAUAUGUGAUUGUUAACCACAUACACUUUAUCACAAUAAAACCUCACGACUGCAUUAUCAGGGUAGUGAAACAGUUAUUGACAUCUGCAUAUCUGUAAUGGAUGGAAUUCAUCUAAUAAUUUGCCUGCUGUGGGCAUGUGUGAAUGUGUGUGAAUGCAAGCCGGCCAUGUUUGGAGAAGUGUCUUCUCCACAGUACCCUCAGCCUUAUCCAGAGAAUCUCCAAGAACAGUGGGACCUGGAAGUGCCUCAAGGAUACCAGAUCCAGCUAACAUUCAAUCACCUGGACAUUGAGCCCUCUCCAAACUGUUACUACGAUUCGGUCUCGGUUGUGUCUGAUGAGAAGGUUCUGGGGAAGUUCUGCGGUCAGAAUUCCACCGACAGGUUUCACCCAGGUGAAAAGCCUAUCCUGGCUCCCGGUAAUCGUCUCCAGUUGGUUUUUCUAACGGACGACUCAAAUCAUGAGUCACACUUGGGAUUCACUGCGUUCUACCAGGCUGUUGACAUAGAUGAGUGUUCGUCAUCCAGUGUGGUAAAAGAUCCACCAUGUUCACAGAUAUGCCUCAACACUCUUGGCUCCUACCUGUGUGCAUGUCACCAUGGUUACACACUAAAGCCUGACCAACGCACCUGCGCCUUGGACUGUGGAGGUGGGGUGCACAGUGAACUAGAGGGGACCAUCUCCAGUCCUGGUUACCCAGACAUGUCCCCACAAGAUCUGGACUGUGUCUACAGCAUCUCUGUGCAGCCAGGCUUCAUUAUCACUCUCAACUUUAGCCAGAACUUCCACAUAGAGCAGGUCUACAAUCAAGGACCAACCUGCCUCUACCACUGGCUGCAAGUGUCUGUCUUAGGAAAAGAUCAGAAGUACUGCGGAGGGAAAAGCCCUGGCGUCCUCGACACUGGCACUCACUCUGUCCAGUUGGAGUAUCACACUGACAGAUACGGACAGAGCCAGGGGUGGAGCUUACAUUACACCACACAGAGGGUGAAGUGUCCGCAGCCGGACAGUAUCAGCCAUGGAAAAGUCACACCAGUUUUUGCCCAGUACUUGUACAGAGACUAUAUUCAUGUGCGCUGUAACCCAGGAUACAAGCUCAUGAUGGGAGAGAAAGAGAUUGCAAGUUUUAAGUCCAUGUGUCAGAGUAAUGGACAAUGGCAUUUGACACUGCCAGAGUGCAAGAUUAUUGACUGUGGAGAACCAAAGCUGCUGCCUAAUGGAGCCUUUCGGUUUAUCAGUGGAGAACACAACGAAUAUCUCUCUGUCAUAGAGUAUCGCUGCAAUGAGCCUUACUACAGAUUUAAGGAUACUCCUAAAGUAAGCUACAAGUGUGCAAAUGACCGGAAAUGGACAGAAGACAACAACAUUGAUGUUAUUCCACCUUGUUAUUCUGUGUGUGGAAUGAAUUCAGAAGUCACUUCUGGUGGCAGAGUCUUUGGUGGGAAACCAGCCGCACUGGGGCAGAUUCCCUGGCAGCUCUUCCAUAAGACACAUACCAGAGGUGGUGCGUCUCUGAUCAGUGAUUACUGGGCUCUAACAGCUGCUCAUGUAGUGGAUGGAUUUGAAAAUAAAAACAUGACUUGGCUUGGAGGAAUAAUUAAUAAUGAGGACACAAACGCAGUCACUAUGGAGGCCGAGAAGGUCAUCAUUCACCCAAAAUAUCAUAGGGUUGGUCAGGGUCAUUCUCCAACAAACUUUGACAAUGACAUUGCUCUGAUCAAAAUGUCUGCCCAGGUUCCACUCGGUCCAAACAUCAGGCCAGUGUGUCUGCCAAACAAAACACAUGAACUUGUAAUGGAGGGCACGAUGGGUACUAUAUCAGGUUUUGGAGGGUUUGAGCGGGGCGUAACAAGUCAAAUUUUACGUUAUGGGAUUGUUCAGGAAUAUACUCUUGAUAAGUGUGAAUCAGGGGUUCUGCCUGUCACUGAUAACAUGUUUUGUGCUGGAGACGAUGUUAAACGUGUUGACAGUUGUAAAGGUGACAGUGGGGGUCCUCUGUUCUUCCCCAUGUUGAAUUAUGGAACUAAAGAGCAGCCCUAUGAGGUGAGGGGCAUUGUGUCAUGGGGUCCUGAAAAAUGUGGCUCUAAAGGUUUCUACACUAAAGUGCAGAACUACCUGAACUGGAUAGAAGAAACAAUGGCAAAUAAUUAGCAACAGCU